AUGAAUCCAUCUACGGCAUUCCCCAAGGCCGCGGCCGUCCCCGCGCGUCUCUUGCGAACACAGCGACAAUGUACCUCCAGCAACGGAAUUGCUUCGUCCAACCAAACCAGAACUUAUCAUGCGGCCUCCGCUUCUCCGGCUAGGCGUCUUCGGGAGGGCGCGUCCAAGCGGAAAGAUUCACUGGUGAUGUCGGCUCGGACUUUCCACACCACAUCUUCUCUUUCCGCAGUCGCGGAUCCCUAUAAGGUCCUGGGCGUCGACAAGAAGGCCUCCGCCGGAGACAUCAAGAAGGCCUACUACGGUCUGGCCAAGAAGUACCACCCAGACACUAAUAAGGAUGCACAGGCAAAGGAUAAGUUUGCCGAAGCUCAAACCGCCUACGAAUUGCUGUCCGAUAAAACGAAGCGAGAGAACUACGACAAGUAUGGCUCGGCUGCCUUCGACCAAAAUGGUGGAUUCGAUCCCAGCGCCGGCGGAAACCCAUUCUCCGGCGCCGGAGGAUUCCACGGCUUUGGCGGUGGAUUCGGUGGUGGUGGCUUUGGCGGCGGCUUCUCGGGAGACAUCAACUUUGAGGAUCUUUUCGGUGCCUUCACUGGAGGUGCGCGUCGUGGACCCCGGGGUCGGCGCAAUCCUUUCCAGGAGCAGAUCCUGGUCGGUGAGGAUAUCGAAGUACAGACCAACAUCUCGUUCAUGGAAGCCGCCAAGGGUACGACCCAGGAAGUUGUCAUCACUCCCUUGACCAAGUGCGGAACUUGUAAGGGAGACGGUCUGAAGUCCGGUGCUAAGCGAUCCCAAUGUCGCCAGUGCAACGGUACCGGUACCCGCGUUCAUCUCAUGCAGGGUGGCUUCCAAGUCGCCGCUACGUGUGACGCCUGUGGUGGUGCCGGUAUGUCUGUGCCCCGUGGAUCCGAGUGCAGUCCUUGCAACGGAAACGGUGUGACCAGGGAGCGCAAGACCAUCAAGGUCGAUAUCCCUGGUGGUGUUGAGGACGGAAUGCGUUUGCGAGUGACCGGCGAGGGUGACAACCCCCCCACCGGCGCAGCCGUUCCACCGGGCUCUCGCACUCAGCCCGGUGAUCUAUAUGUCUCCAUUCGAGUUGCUCCGGAUCACCGCUUCAACCGCUCUGGAUCCGACGUUCUUUACACGGCCACCAUCCCUCUUACCACUGCUAUUCUUGGUGGUGAGGUCACCAUCCCAACCCUCGACGCCGAGGUGAAGGUGAAGGUGUCCACGGGUACGGGAACUGGCGACAAGAUUACUUUGUCCGGAAUGGGUAUGAAGAAGCUGGGUGGCCGCAUACGCGGUGUUCCCAACGGUGAUCUCAAGGUCGAAUUCAAGGUCGCCAUGCCUAAGUAUCUCACCGGCAACCAGCGUACCAUCUUGGAGGUUCUGGCAGAUGAGAUGAAUGACAAGACUGCCAAGCGAACAAUGAACUUCAGCAAGGACAGUCCCAGCGGUGUUGAUGAAGCCAACAAGAACGAAGGGUUCCUCAAGUCUGUCUGGCAUCGCCUGACAGAGAAGAACAGCGAAUCGUCUAAGCCCAGUCAAGACAAGGAUACCCCUUCCAAGGACUCUAAGGAUGCUGACAGCCAAACCGGCAAUGACAGCUCGAAAAAGUCCUAA